UUUUCAACCAGUCGACGCGAAGUGAGUAAGGAAAUCUAUUGUGAUAAGAGUUUGUUAUCAGUGUCUCAAUUUAUAUAGUAUUGCUUCGUAUUGUAUAUCUUUUUCCUUCAAACGUAGGGUAACGCGAAAAAAUGUUAAAAACUCUAAAACAUAUCAGCUAGUUAUUGAUUAUCUUAAAAUUAUACCUAAAUUUCAAGUAUAAGUAGUUUAUUAAAUUCUAUCCUGGUUUCUAAAUCAAAUGUAAAGAAAAUUCAAAGAUUUUUUGAUAAAAGUUGAGGGAAACGCAUAGAGCUUCAGAAAAAGUGUUGAGAACUACGAUGAAAAACUAUUAGUAGUUAACUAUCUCGAUAUUUUUGCAAACAUUCAUACCUCACCCAAGAACUUCAAGAUUGGAUUUUAGAACUUAUUAUUCUUCUUGCAUUGAAAUCAUUCGAUAUAGUAUCUAUAAUAAUCAACAUAUUUAUUAAUAUCCGAAUCACCGUCUGAAAAUUCAUCCUGUUUGUUAGGUAGAUUGUCUUAUAGAUAUUGAAAAGUUUUGGGGACACUUUGACACCAGUGACUCAGGAUUGUACGUUCUGUCAAUAAAUUGUUGAAAAGUAUAGGAAGGAUGGAGAACUAAAACUUUGGCUCAAUCACAAGAUUUUCGUGAGUGACUCCAGAUUUGAGGCUAUGAGUUGCGAGUAAUCGCGAAGAGCUCGAAAAUGCUGUCAAGUCACACAAUCGCCUACCAACAGCUGGACUACCACAACGGCUUCAGUCGUCCGCCGGACUCCUGUCAAUCGAGUCAGACUCACUUCUCCAUCAGGGACAUCCUGAACCUGGUGGGCCAAUGCACAGAGGAGAGCGGAGGAGUCAGCAUGCUGGAGGCAUCUCUGUUUCCGGACGAUCCCCAAAACCAAGCAGGGUUCUGGUACGAGACUGUGCCGAGAGUCGAGAAAACAGUGGAAGGUUUCACUUCCUGGGAGCAUGCUGAGGCUGGAUACUAUGUGGAGCAGUUCCCGUUCGGGUCGACUGGAGUCAAGUUGAAUCAGUUGCCGAGUCAUAUGUCUCCCAGUCAAGUGCCGAGUCAGAUGUCUCCGAGUCAUCAUGUCGAGUCAUGUCGGGACCGGAGUCAGGUACCGAGUCAACUACCCUGCGAGGGUCAAAUGGCCAUGACCGGUAUGACGUCACGCCAUGUUCAUAGUCUGAGUCACUUGUCGCCUCCCUUCAACGACUCAGAUGCCACCAGCCAUCAGCCAAAACCCAACGUCCUAGCACAACUACCAAAAGCUAGAAAGGUCACAUCUAACAAGCCCAAAUCAAGAUCCAAAAGGAAACCCAGGAUCUUAUUCACACAGUCACAAGUGUUCGAGUUGGAGCACAGAUUCAAACAGCAGCGCUAUCUGUCAGCACCAGAGCGAGAGCAGAUGGCGCAGUCCAUCAACCUGUCUCCUACUCAGGUGAAAAUCUGGUUCCAGAACAGACGCUACAAGAGUAAGCGAAUGAGAGGCUUUGCAGACCACGAUUUCUGUGCUCUGUCGAUGAACGGAAGAGGUAGACAUAAGUUCAAGGCAAAUCACACCGCUAAUUAUGAUAGUAGUACUGCAUUGUUAUAUCAGUCAGUAUCAGUGAAACCUCAGAGCUUCCCUGUUAACGGGCAGAGCUUUCCAGCUCAGCUGGGCUUCAACCAACAGGCUAUGUGAAGACAAUACCUUUGUGAAAUUACUAGAAACUCAGAUUCCAGAAGCUAUAAUUAUACAGGUCAAAAGUCAGGAAUAAUGAAAUGUUUCCAUGAAUAAGCUAUAUUUUAACAAGCUUUUGUGGCUAACAGCAAAAUGUUUGUGAGAUUACCAGAAAUUCAAAUUUUGGAAGCUACAGUUGUGAAGGUCAAAAGUCAGGAAUAGUGAAAUAUUUCCAUGAAUAAGUAAGUUAUGGUACCAACAACCAUUCUCAGACAUUCAACAAGUGGCAGAUUCGUUGAGGUCAUUCACCUAACCCCAAGAAUGAAUCAGCCACCUGUUGAAUGUAUGAAAAAUCUAUAGAUUUUUGGAUCCAGCUCCACUCCCUAAGGGUUUUUCUCGAAAUCUGAGGGUUGGAAUAUUUCAAGCUCCCCUUUCUCCAUGCAUUCCCAUGGAGAACAUGAUGCUGGAUCAGUUAAGUCACAAGAUAGUUAAGUCAAGAAGAAGCUUUAAUGUGGCUAACAAAAAAUCUAACAUUCUGUCAUAUGAUCGAAUAUAAUGUUAAUCGAACAUAAUGACCAAUUUGGGCCAGAAUCUUACAAAAUUGUCAAUACAUUUGAGAAAAGAACGAUCAACCAAAAAUUCAAAUUAGAACUAGUCAACUAGAUAUAAUCGAAAGCUUCUUGAACCGUUAAGAACAUUAUCUACAAAGGAAGUUUACAGUUUUUUAAACCAAAUUUCACCUCCACAUGAAACCUGCUAAAAAAAUUGAGGAAAAAUUAAAUAGUAAAAUAAUUUAUGCUGUGCAAACCUGCGAUAAGCAUUCAUUUUUACUAUGCAUUGUUAGAGAGUUAUAAGCCUUGAAAAAGUGGAUGAAAACCUGUUAUUUGAACAAUUUCACACUUUCAAGAGUGAAUAUCUCUCGAAAACUUUCGGAAAUAUCAGAUACGGAACAAAAAUUGUAAAGAAAUUGUCAAGCUACAUUUUGAAUUGUUAGUAAUGCCGUUUUUCUCCCAAGAUGUUAUAGGCGUGUAAGCAAAAGACUGAAAAAAAUCAUUAUUCCUAGAACAAGGGGUAAGAGUUGGGAUUUCAGAAAAAUAUGAUCACCUUCUAACUGGUCUCAACAAAGC